AGCUGACAGCACCCGUAAGAAAGACCAUAGAAGAUGGAAGCAACCGCAUGGCAGAGAUUUUCCUAAAUCUCAUGAAAAAUUAGGGUUUUUGGCGAUUGGAAAAUUUCCAGCCCUCGCCCGAAUCGAUCCUCAACAUCGAGUUUCAUCUCAUCUCCCUUCGGAUUCGAAACCUCAAUCGGCUCCUUUGGUGGUUUCCUCCGAGCGGAUCUAUCCACAACCAUGCCGGCAGCUACGUCUACGGAGGACGAAUUGAAGGAGUUGGAGAAGUUCUCCCUCGUCUCCAAGGUAUGCUCGGAGCUCGACACUCAUUUGGGUUUGGGGGACAAAGUAGUCGCCGCGUACAUCAUCGACCUGGGCCAGAGCUGCGAGUCGGUGGAUGAGUUCGAGGACAAGCUCAAGUCAUUCGAUAUGCCGGAUUACUUGGUACGUACCCUCUUCACUAUAAUCCAUGCGAUUCUGCCUGGGGAUUCUAAGGGAGAGAAGCGGUCGAGUAAGGGCGAUGAUGGCGGCGGGAAUGCUGAUACAAAGUUCAAGGCUUUGGCGAUCGCUGAUAGUAGGGACAGGGUGAAGGAGCUCGAGAAGGAGCUGGAAUUGGAGGUGCGGCAGCACCACAGGGAAGGCGAAGAGCAAGAGCAAGAGCGGGAUAGGGAUCGGGACAGGGAUAGAGAUAGAGAUAGGGAUAGAGAUAGAGUUAGAGACAGGGAUCGAGAUAGGAGAGACCGGCACUGGGAUACGGAUAGAUAUGAUCGGAGAAGUGAAAGGGGGCAUAGAGACAGGGACAGGGACAGGGACAGGGAGAGAGAUAGGGAUAGGGAUUAUAGGGAGGAGGAUGGUGAUCGGAGGGGAAGAAGGCAUGAAUACCGAUCGGAGAGAAGCAGGAGAGGUGGGUACGAUGAAGAGGACACUGAUGAUAGAGAAGAGAGAAGGAAUGGAAGGCACAGAUCGGAUGAGCCUGAGCUGUAUCAUGUUUACAAAGGAAGGGUUUCCAGAGUGAUGGAGACUGGCUGUUUCGUACAGUUGAAUGACUUAAAAGGGAAGGAGGGGCUGGUGCACAUUUCUCAGAUUGCCACCCGGAGGAUUACCAAUGCCAAGGAUGUCGUGAAGCGGGAUCAGGAGGUCUAUGUCAAGGUGAUUUCUGUUUCUGGUCAGAAGCUCAGUCUUUCGAUGCGAGAUGUGGACCAGCAUACUGGGAAGGACUUGCUGCCACUGAAGAAGAGCGAUAAUGAUGAUACUGUUAGGACUAAUCCCACGUCCGGCUCGAGGGAGGGUCCUGUUGUAAGAACUGGACUUUCAGGGAUUAGAAUUGUUGAAGAGAAUGGUGUAGCGCCAUCAAGGCGUCCACUGAAGAGAAUGAGCUCACCAGAGAGGUGGGAAGCAACACAAUUGAUGGCUUCAGGCGUUCUGCCUAUAAGUGAAAACCCAAUGUAUGAUGAGGAGGGGGAUGGACUGUUGUACCAAGAAGAGGGUGCUGAGGAGGAGCUCGAAAUUGAGCUGAAUGAGGAUGAGCCUGCAUUUUUGCAAGGCCAAACUAGGUACUCUGUCGACAUGUCGCCUGUGAAGAUCUUCAAGAAUCCUGAAGGGUCCUUGAGUCGUGCUGCUGCACUCCAAUCUGCCCUUAUAAAAGAGCGCAGAGAAGUGAGGGAGCAACAGCAGAGAACGAUGCUUGAUUCUAUACCCAAGGAUCUUAAUCGUCCGUGGGAAGACCCAAUGCCAGAGACAGGUGAGAGGCAUCUUGCUCAGGAACUUCGAGGUGUUGGCUUGUCUGCUUAUAAUGAGCCUGAGUGGAAGAAGGAUGCUUUUGGUAAGGAUGUCACCUUUGGGAAAAGAACAAAGCUCUCCAUUCAAGAACAGAGGCAGAGCUUGCCUAUCUAUAAAUUGAAGAAGGAGCUUGUGCAGGCUGUGCAUGAUAAUCAGGUUCUUGUUGUCAUUGGGGAGACUGGUUCGGGCAAAACUACUCAGGUCACUCAGUAUCUAGCUGAGGCAGGGUACACCACCAGGGGAAAGAUUGGAUGUACUCAGCCUCGGAGAGUGGCGGCAACAUCUGUGGCCAAGAGGGUGGCUGAAGAAUUUGGUUGUCGUGUAGGGGAAGAGGUUGGUUAUGCAAUUCGAUUUGAGGAUUGCACAGGACCAGACACCGUGAUCAAGUACAUGACUGAUGGUAUGCUUCUGAGGGAGAUAUUGAUAGAUGAGAACCUUUCCCAGUACUCGGUAAUCAUGCUUGAUGAAGCUCACGAGAGGACUAUCCACACCGAUGUACUCUUUGGACUUCUUAAGCAGUUGGUGAAAAGGAGACCUGACCUUCGAGUGAUAGUGACAUCUGCCACGCUUGAUGCAGAGAAGUUUUCAGGGUAUUUCUUCAAUUGCAACAUCUUCACAAUUCCAGGGAGAACAUUUCCUGUGGAGAUCCUGUACACAAAGCAGCCGGAGAGUGAUUAUUUGGAUGCAGCUCUUAUCACUGUGUUGCAGAUUCACUUGACGGAGCCAGAAGGAGAUGUUCUCCUCUUCCUGACUGGUCAGGAGGAAAUUGAUUUUGCUUGCCAAUCUCUGUACGAGAGAAUGAAAGGAUUGGGAAAAAAUGUCCCUGAGCUAAUUAUUCUCCCUGUAUAUAGUGCCCUGCCCAGUGAAAUGCAGUCAAGGAUAUUUGAUCCUGCCCCUCCUGGGAAACGAAAGGUUGUGGUUGCUACUAAUAUUGCCGAAGCAUCUCUGACAAUUGAUGGAAUAUUCUAUGUUGUUGAUCCUGGGUUUGCGAAGCAGAAUGUUUACAAUCCAAAGCAGGGGUUGGACUCACUUGUCAUAACUCCAAUUUCGCAAGCAUCUGCCAAGCAAAGAGCAGGACGUGCAGGGCGUACAGGACCAGGAAAAUGUUACCGUCUCUAUACUGAAAGUGCAUACCGGAAUGAAAUGUCUCCAACAUCUAUUCCUGAAAUCCAAAGGAUAAACCUCGGUUUGACUACGCUUACACUGAAGGCUAUGGGGAUAAAUGAUCUGUUAUCGUUUGACUUCAUGGACCCACCAUCCCCACAAGCUCUUAUUUCUGCCAUGGAGCAGCUGUACAGCUUAGGAGCACUCGAUGAGGAGGGCCUCCUGACUAAGUUGGGCAGGAAAAUGGCCGAAUUUCCUAUUGAGCCUCCUCUGUCGAAGAUGCUGCUUGCUAGUGUGGAUCUGGGAUGCAGCGAUGAGAUUUUAACUAUUAUUGCAAUGAUUCAGACGGGUAACAUAUUCUACAGGCCUAGAGAAAAACAAGCACAGGCAGAUCAGAAGAGAGCCAAGUUUUUCCAGCCGGAGGGGGACCACCUGACCCUUCUGGCUGUAUACGAGGCAUGGAAAGCUAAAAAUUUUUCUGGGCCUUGGUGUUUCGAGAAUUUUGUCCAGUCUCGAUCUUUGAGGAGAGCUCAAGAUGUGAGGAAGCAGCUCCUAUCAAUCAUGGACAAGUAUAAAUUGGAUGUUGUUAGCGCCGGCAAGAACUUCACGAAGAUCCGGAAAGCAAUCACAGCAGGGUUCUUCUUCCAUGCAGCAAGGAAGGAUCCACAGGAAGGGUACCGGACCUUAGUCGAGAACCAGCCUGUCUACAUACAUCCAAGCAGUGCCCUCUUCCAGAGGCAGCCCGACUGGGUGAUAUACCAUGAGCUGGUGAUGACCACAAAGGAGUAUAUGCGUGAGGUGACUGUGAUUGACCCCAAGUGGCUUGUGGAGCUGGCACCAAGGUUCUUCAAGGUCGCAGACCCCACCAAGAUGAGCAAGCGCAAGCGUCAGGAGCGCAUAGAACCCCUCUACGACAGAUACCACGAACCUAACUCUUGGCGUCUCAGCAAACGGCGUGCCUGAGGGAUUAUUUGUUUUGGUUUUGUUGCAGUAUUUUCCUGAGCCUCAGGGAUCAAUAUUCGUAGUAUGUAUGCUCUCUGAGAUUGUUAUGUAGAUUGAGGUACGACGAAUGAAAGGCCUCCCAAUUUAAAGGUGAGUUAUUAAUUAUCCGGAGAUGGGAGGACUUUACAGAGUGCUGGUUCAAGGCACGAUCCAGUUUCAAUGAAUCUGAUCUGUACAGCAGCAAUUCUUCACA